CACUAUUGCAUUUUCUCUUCAAACCACUUCUGGUGGCUGACUUCACAGAAUACAAGUAUCUCUUGCAAAGCCAACGUGAGCAACCUGGCUUGUUUUGUCGGUUACUAAAUUUGGAGUAGCAGCUUUAGGCAACGUAAUGAACAGUGGACGGUAACGUAUGAUGGGCAAAACCUGCUGGAAAACUGCUGGAGGAGCCCUCACUAAGGUUUUCUUAUUUUCCUCUUUCAACAUUCCAACUGUGGCCACCAGUCUAUAGGUCAGCAUGACAAGUCAUCUUGAACUGUUGACUGAAUUGCAACAGUUGGACAAGGUGCCCAGCCUGGAACGCCUGCGAGCAGCUCAGAAACGGCGUACCCAGCAGCUGAAACGAUGGGCUAUCUAUGAAAAGGAGAUGCAGAACAGAAAGCGAAAGACUGACAAACGACGUGGAAUUGUAAACCAUGGGAAUGCAGCAGAGAGUCAUAAACGUGUGUCAUUUGCAGCAAAUGUGGCAUUAUUGGAGGCCUCAGCAAGGAAUGACGUGGAGGAAGUGAGAUACCUACUAAAGAACAGUGUUAACCCAGAUCUUUGUAAUGAAGAUGGCCUCACUGCAAUGCACCAGUGUUGUAUAGAUAACUAUGAAGAUAUGGUUCGGCUGCUGUUGAAUCGAGGUGCAAGUGUCAAUGCUCAGGAUAAUGAACUGUGGACACCGCUUCAUGCUGCAGCUACCUGUGGACAUACUGGCCUUGUCAAGAUCCUCAUCCAACAUGGUGCUGACCUUUUAGCAGUCAAUUCUGAUGGUAACAUGCCCUAUGACCUUUGUGAAGAUGAUUCCACUCUUGACAUCAUUGAGACAGCUAUGGCCAACCGAGGGAUUACACAGGAGAUGAUCAAUGAGACUCGAGCAGCAGUGGAAAGGAGGAUGCUGGGAGAUAUUCAGAAUAUUCUACGUAAUGGAGAAGACAUCAAUCAGCAUGACUCACAGGGAACCACUUUGCUCCAUGUUGCGGCAGCUAAUGGUUAUAUGCAGGCAACAGAGCUAUUACUGGAGGGAGGAGCCAAGAUGGACCUGAGAGAUUCUGACGGGUGGCAACCAUUACAUGCUGCAGCCUGCUGGGGACAGAUGUUUGUAGCUGAGCUGUUGGUGUCUCAUGGGGCCAGUCUAAAUGCCAAGACCUACAUGGAGGAGACACCCAUAGACCUUUGUGAAGAUGAGGACUUCAGGAAUUAUCUUCUGGACUUAAAGCACAAGCAUGACAUCAUCUUAAAGUCACAGCUGAAGCACAAGACCUCACUGUGUCGCCGCACAAGCAGUGCAGGAAGCCGUGGAAAAGUGGUGAGGAGGGCUAGCCUGUCAGACAGACAUAAAAUGUGCCAGAAAGAAUAUGAGACAGAGGCUAUUGUGUGGCGAGGAGGAAAAGAGGAAGAGGAGGAGAGAGAGAAGGAGUCUGAUCAGGAAAACAGCGAUCCAGAGUCUGUGAAGAAGCACAGAGAACAUCAUGUUUUGAAGGAUAGAGAGCAACAGAAUAACAUUUUCUUGACCCUGACCACACCUAUGCCUCCAUCCAUGUCUAAUGGUGAUUCUUUGACUAAUGAGGCCUGUUUCAACACUUUUUCCAUUUCCCCUGAUGACUCCUGGCCCAAGGAGCGCCCUCAGACACUUUCUGAACUCAAAAAGCAGCGUGCUGCAGCAAAACUCCUUAACCAUCCCAUUCUCAAUGGUCAUGUCAGCAAUGGUUCCAUGGCGACAACAGAGAUUAAGAACAGUUUUGAAGACUCCUGCAUGCCAUGUGUGUCAUCUAAUGGCACCACAGUAUUUUUCACUCUUGCUAGUGGAGACCCCCCUCUCCUCAAACUGAAGCAGCCAGUUGAGGAGGCGGGCACCAAAAGUCAUGGGUGCUGCUGCAUUUCAUAAGUCAAUAGUAGGCCAUGUUAUUAGCAACGUUUAGCAGCUGACUGUUUGGGUACAGUGAGGACCGCAAAAAAGGAUAUCAAUAAUCCUACCCUCAGAUUAUUCUGCUUCAACAGGGUUCAAAAUGUGUGUCUGUUUCACCUACUGGUGCUCUGUGAUCAGGACUCAACAGCGUUGCUAGUUUAGGUACACCUACUUUGCAUCUACACUAGUUGGCCAUUUUUAUCAAGAACACCUAAUGUAUAGAUGCACUUUGCAGGUAUGCAGUUAUUGGUGUAUACUAUCUGUUCCUGUACACAAAUUUCAGCCACACCUCAACUCUUAGGGUGCUUUCACACCUACUGCAUUUGAAUCGAACCAAAAUAGUAAGUGUGAAAGGUGCCACGGACCAUCGUCCGGCCAUAGGACCAAAAUUUGGUCCGACAAAAAGAGGCGCACUUGGUCCAGAUCAAACUGAACCAUGAUUCGGUUCAUUUGCAUUGUUCGGACUUCUGGACUAAUUACAGGAAGCUGUCAUCACCCAUUAAACAAUAGAUAAAGAAAAAGAACCGCUACAGAAAGCGAAAUAUUUAAUUGUAAUAUGGUCCAAAAAAAAGUUAAAAGUCAACUUAAAAAAACACAUAAAUGCCAAAUUGUAUACCUUAUUUCCGUAGAGGACGACAGGAUAUUCAUUUUUCUCUGUUCAAAAAGUUAAAGGCUACCCACAGAAGAGAGCACAAUUGGCCUUGUUUUCUCUGGGUGGAUAGGAUGACCCCUGUCUUCCCCCAUCACCUAGUACACUGCUAGCCAGCGCGGACAUCUUUUGGCUGACGCAAAAGAAUUGGUGUUUGGUGCUUUCCUCUGAGUGCAUUCAGUUGUCCGAUGACGUUGUGUUAGUGGCAGAUCAAAAAGAUGCGGUGGCUCGCCUCACAAGUCUCGGAGAAAGCCUGUGCAAGCUUUUGCCCUUCUAGCACUGGUGAUAUUGUUUGACUAAUUAGUGGAUGGAAUUAGAUGUGUCUAAACUGGGGAGAAAAUUGGGGAAAAAAUGAAUUGACAACCUGCCUAAUUGACAGCACACAGACGUCGGUUGCACACUCCUCUACAAACCAAUCAGUGUUUAACUAUAGGGAGACACAGCCCAUGUAGGUGAUGACAGCAGGAUGUAGGUAUGUAAUGCUAUGUUCUUUAGUGCACUCGCUAAAUUGCAAUGUGAAACCAAAACUAAUUGAAUCAAAUGUAUACAAGGUAAGAAAAACAUAAACUAUGGUUCGGUCCUUGGUUAGGACUUUCAAGGUUUUUAAACGUCCUUCGAAAAUUUAACGUUGUUGGUACACCUGUCAGGUGUACAGGUCUUCUUCAGUGGUCAGUUUUCAUCACAGGAUCACUGUUGGCUGUAUAUCUGUGGCUGUCAAACUAUUCUCAUAUCAACAGUAACACUAAGGGGCUUAGAAAUCCUACCAAUGCUGCUGUGCCUGCAAUACCCAUUAACAUGUAACCACAAUUGUGGUAUCACUGCCAUACUGAUAAUAUUUCUUCACUUGAAAUAUCUGGUCAGCAGUGGUCCUAUGAUAGUGCCUUUUCAUCGAAGGAAAGAUGAAAAAUUUGUAGGUUUUGUUAACUUUGCACCAAGCCAAGUCUUACACCAAUGACAUGAAUAGGCUAUGUACACCAAUUACGAAAUCUUUUACCCCAGUGAUAUCACAUUUUUAUUAUAAGCUACAGUAGAAUGGCUGUGAUGUGAAGGCGCAUGUGCACACAUAGUUGUAGCAAAAAUCUUUGGCAAUGUGUAGCAGCUAACUUUGCUAGCUUUUAUGUUCCUCAAAUAGCAUAAAAAAUAAGUUUAUUUGCUAACUAUGCUACAACACUUGCAACAAACUUUGUUCAGAAAGAGUUGCAAAAGAGCUCUCAGGUGUUUGCAAAUAUCCCCUUGCAUUCUAACGGUCAAAAUAGACAGUUGUUUAAUUUAUUUUAUAGUCAACAAUUCCAUGUUCUUCUGUGCAUUUACUAGCACAUUUGUGAUAAUGUCACUUAUUCCAGCCUGGAACAUAUUAGGAGUAGCAGCAGAGGUUUACGACAGUCUUUCACUGCUAUUAUCUACAUCUACAGAACAAGAUUGCUGUAAUAUGUUACAGAGUCCAGCAUAAAUGGUAAUAUAUGCUCAGCCUAUUACAAAUUGCACAUAUAUAGUGGUUCCUAGGUGUACCUGAUAAAAUGGCCAUGUGCAAAGUAGGCCUACCUAAUAAGUUCACAACUUAUUUACAGCACCUUUCAAAAUACUGUCACCCAUGAUAAAGAUAAGCAAUAAAGGCUGUGGCUUUUUGUUGUUGUGUACCACUUUGGUGUCAAAAUGAAAAGGAUAUCAACCUAACAAUUCCACAGGGUAAAUUUAUUCAAGUAGAUUGAUUGAAACAGCUGAAACUGUGAUUAACCUGCCUGGAAAAGGUCACAAGUGUAUUUUGCCCUCAGCACAGGGAAGGGGAUGGUUUGAGAAGCAAAACUUUGGCUAAGGAAAACAAUUGAAUGACUGUGAUAAUUUUCAGCUGUCGAUUGCAUCUUAAGUCAACAAUUUACAAUUUGUCAAUUUCAUGUUAACAAUUUGUAAGGUUUUCAAAAGAAGCCUCACAAACAGCAAAGUUGUGUUUAGCAAAAUCAGUGUCUAGCAGAAAAUAACCUAAUUCCCACUGUGGUGGAUCUGUGACAUUGUGCGACUUUUUUCUUCCAAAGGUCCUGAAAAUCUUAUGAUACAUGCCAUAUAUUAUGAUAUUUUAGAUCAAAAUGUGGGUACCUCGGCCAUGUGGCUAAGACAGGGAUUGACCUCGAAGUCCAAACAAAAAAUUGUUUCCUGGCCACGGAAUCGAGCAUUCCCUUGUCUUCAAACUAUUGAAAAUGUGAACUGAAGAUGAGAGCCAAUAAGCAAGGACCAAAGACUAGAAUAAUCUGAGAUCUGUUUAAAUAUGUACUCCCACUUCAUCCAGUAUUAUAAAACUAGGUGCUAAUAUUUUGCCAAAAGGAGUGUACUAAGGCAUGCAUGGGUACUGAUAAUUGUGACAUAUUUUUUGAGAAAAUUAUUCUCAAGUUCUUAAAUGGACCAGUAAUUCUGGAAAGCUCCCAUGAUCAAACAAGAAGGGAAUGAGAGAUAUAGAGAAUACUCUGUAAGAUCUAGUUUGAGACUAGCUAUUCUUUAAACUCUCCAGCUGCAUAGUUCAGGUUCCACAACUUUUACAAAUUCAGGUGCUUUGCAUGCUGAUUAACAUUCAUUACCUUCAACCUUG